UCCACCCCCAAGGAUCAGAGGAGGGUGGGUGCAUGACGUCAGGUGGAGCUGGUGCUGCGGCCACUGAGGCUGCCAUCAGCCUUAGCUGGUGAACUGGGCCGGGCGCCUCUCCGGUGCCUGCCGGAGCCUGGCCGUCCCACUGCGCACCUGCGGGCGGCUUCUGCGUCUGAGCCACAGCCGUUUGCGGGCUGGGAGGCCGGCCUGCCGGGAAGCUGAGGCUGCAUUGUUGGGAUUUGAUGCACUAAUCUCCUGUCUCCGCCGCCUUUCCCUCUGUUCGGUCUCUUUCCCUCCCUCCCUUCGUCUGUCCUUCCUCUGUGUGUUUGUCCAUCCUCCUCUGUCCCUCCUUUUCUUUCCUCUCCUGGCUUUCUUUGGUUUUCUGCAAUGAUGAGACAGGCACCGACAGCCCGAAAGACCACAACUCGGCGGCCCAAGCCCACCCGCCCAGCUAGUACUGGGGUGGCUGGGGCCAGUAGCUCCCUGGGCCCCUCUGGCUCAGCAUCAGCAGGUGAGCUGAGCAGCAGUGAACCCAGCACCCCGGCUCAGACUCCACUGGCAGCACCCAUCAUCCCCACACCGGCUCUCACCUCUCCUGGAGCGGCACCUCCACUACCUUCCCCCUCUAAGGAGGAGGAAGGGCUGAGGGCCCAGGUGCGGGACCUGGAGGAGAAACUGGAGACCCUGCGGUUGAAACGGGCAGAAGAUAAGGCAAAACUAAAAGAGCUGGAGAAACAUAAGAUCCAGCUGGAGCAGGUGCAAGAAUGGAAGAGCAAGAUGCAGGAACAGCAGGCAGACCUGCAGCGACGCCUCAAGGAGGCGCGGAAGGAAGCCAAGGAGGCCCUGGAGGCGAAGGAACGCUACAUGGAGGAGAUGGCUGAUACUGCCGAUGCCAUUGAGAUGGCCACUCUGGACAAGGAGAUGGCUGAAGAGCGGGCCGAGUCCCUGCAGCAGGAGGUGGAGGCAUUGAAGGAACGUGUGGAUGAGCUCACCACUGACUUAGAGAUCCUCAAAGCUGAGAUUGAAGAGAAGGGCUCAGACGGGGCAGCGUCCAGUUAUCAGCUCAAGCAGCUCGAGGAGCAGAACGCCCGCCUGAAGGACGCCCUGGUGAGGAUGCGGGAUCUUUCUUCCUCAGAGAAGCAGGAGCACGUGAAACUCCAGAAGCUCAUGGAGAAGAAGAACCAAGAGCUGGAGGUUGUGAGGCAGCAGCGGGAGCGUCUGCAGGAGGAGCUGAGCCAGGCAGAGAGCACCAUAGAUGAGCUCAAGGAGCAGGUGGAUGCUGCUCUGGGUGCUGAGGAGAUGGUGGAGAUGCUAACAGACCGGAACCUGAAUCUAGAAGAGAAAGUGCGAGAGUUGAGAGAGACCGUGGGGGACUUGGAAGCGAUGAAUGAGAUGAACGAUGAGCUGCAGGAGAAUGCGCGCGAGACAGAACUGGAGCUGCGGGAGCAGCUGGACAUGGCGGGCGCACGGGUCCGGGAGGCCCAGAAGCGUGUGGAGGCGGCCCAGGAGACGGUUGCAGACUACCAGCAAACCAUAAAGAAGUACCGCCAGCUGACCGCCCACCUGCAGGAUGUGAACCGGGAACUGACAAACCAGCAAGAAGCAUCUGCGGAGAGACAGCAGCAGCCACCCCCGGAGACCUUUGACUUCAAAAUCAAGUUUGCUGAGACUAAGGCUCACGCGAAGGCAAUUGAGAUGGAAUUGAGGCAGAUGGAGGUGGCCCAGGCCAACCGGCACAUGUCCCUGCUGACAGCCUUCAUGCCCGACAGCUUCCUUCGGCCAGGUGGGGACCAUGACUGCGUCCUCGUGCUGCUGCUCAUGCCUCGUCUCAUUUGCAAGGCAGAGCUGAUCCGGAAGCAGGCCCAGGAGAAGUUUGAACUAAGCGAAAACUGUUCAGAGCGGCCUGGGCUCCGAGGAGCUGCAGGGGAGCAGCUCAGCUUUGCUGCUGGGCUGGUGUACUCGCUGAGUCUGUUGCAGGCCACACUCCACCGCUAUGAGCACGCCCUCUCUCAAUGCAAUGUGGACGUGUAUAAGAAGGUCGGCAGCCUCUACCCUGAGAUGAGUGCCCACGAGCGCUCCUUGGAUUUCCUCAUUGAGCUAUUACACAAGGAUCAGCUGGAUGAGACUGUCAACGUAGAGCCUCUCACCAAGGCCAUCAAGUAUUACCAGCAUCUGUAUAGUAUUCAUCUUGCCGAACAGCCCGAGGACAGUACCAUGCAGCUGGCUGACCACAUUAAGUUCACCCAGAGUGCCCUGGACUGCAUGAGCGUGGAGGUGGGACGACUACGUGCCUUCUUGCAGGGUGGCCAGGAGGCUUCAGAUAUUGCCCUCCUGCUCCGGGACCUGGAAACAUCGUGCAGUGACAUCCGCCAGUUCUGCAAGAAGAUCCGGAGGCGAAUGCCAGGGACAGAUGCUCCUGGGAUCCCAGCCGCACUGGCAUUUGGACCACAGGUAUCGGACACACUCCUAGACUGCAGGAAACACUUGACGUGGGUGGUGGCCGUGCUGCAGGAGGUGGCAGCUGCUGCAGCCCAGCUCAUUGCCCCACUGGCAGAGAAUGAGGGGCUGCCCGUGGCCGCCCUGGAGGAGCUGGCUUUCAAAGCAAGCGAGCAGAUCUAUGGCACCCCCUCCAGCAGUCCCUAUGAGUGUCUGCGCCAGUCGAGCAACAUUCUCAUCAGUACCAUGAACAAAUUGGCCACAGCCAUGCAGGAGGGCGAGUAUGAUGCAGAGCGGCCCCCCAGCAAGCCUCCCCCAGUUGAGCUGAGGGCUGCAGCCCUCCGUGCAGAGAUCACCGAUGCUGAAGGCCUGGGCUUGAAGCUUGAAGAUCGAGAGACAGUUAUCAAGGAGUUGAAGAAGUCACUGAAAAUCAAGGGGGAGGAGCUGAGUGAGGCCAAUGUGCGGCUAAGUCUGCUGGAGAAGAAGCUGGACAGUGCUGCCAAGGAUGCAGACGAGCGCAUCGAGAAAGUCCAGACUCGGCUGGAGGAGACUCAGGCACUGCUGCGGAAGAAGGAGAAAGAGUUUGAGGAAACGAUGGAUGCACUCCAAGCUGACAUUGACCAGCUAGAGGCAGAGAAGGCAGAGCUAAAGCAGCGGCUGAACAGCCAGUCGAAGCGCACGAUCGAGGGGCUCCGGGGGCCCCCUCCCUCGGGUAUUGCUACCCUGGUCUCUGGCAUUGCUGGUGAAGAACAGCAGCGAGGAGGUGCCCCUGGGCAGGCUCCAGGGUCUGUGCCAGGCCCCGGGCUGGUGAAGGACUCACCACUGCUGCUUCAGCAGAUCUCUGCCAUGAGGCUGCACAUCUCCCAGCUCCAGCAUGAGACUAGCAUCCUCAAGGGAGCCCAGAUGAAGGCAUCUUUAGCAGCCCUGCCCCCUCUGCAUGUGGCAAAGCUCUCCCCCUCACCUCACGAGGGCCCUGACAGUGAGCUAGCAGCUGGUGCACUGUAUCGUAAGACCAGCCAGCUGUUGGAGACGUUGAAUCAACUGAGCACACAUACCCACGUAAUAGAUAUCACUCGUUCCAGCCCUGCUGCCAAGAGCCCGUCGGCCCAACUCCUGGAGCAGGUGGCUCAGCUCAAGUCCUUAAGCGACACCAUCGAGAAGCUCAAGGAUGAGGUCCUUAAGGAGACCGUAUCUCAGCGCCCUGGAGCCACAGUCCCCACUGACUUUGCCACCUUCCCUUCGUCAGCCUUCCUUCGGGUAAGAGGGAGCAUGGGGAGGAGGAUGGGCAGUAUCAAGGCCUCAGGUGGGUCCUUCCCCUCUCCCCCAGAAUAUGAAGAGGCCUUUGGGGUCUCAGGUUCAACAACUGCACAUCCUGAGUUAACUGGCCAAGUUUUACUUGUAAGCAACUCAGGAGUGCUUGUAGUGCUUCCAGAAAUUCCA